CGAGAUUUGACUGUAUAUAAGAAACAUGUUAUUGGUAUCAUGAUUAUUUGCGUGGGCCUCGCAUUGGUUAGCACCGAGCAGUCUUUUGAUGGUCGCCUUCGCUUUACUUAAAUGAGGUCAGCGCUACAGAGCUGGACUGGGCCACGGUCAUUCGCUGUGUCCCACGGGACCGUGCCCGUUGAGCUAGACCUCGAUACCACGGGAUUGUUCAGUUGAACAGGUGUGGAGCAGGUGCAUGCUGUUACACAUUCCCAGCAAAGUUCUGAGAAAGGUAAUACUAGAGAGACUGAAGGAGGUAAUAGACAAAAGACUGAGACCAGAACAAGCAGGGCUUCACCAGUAUAAAUCAUGUACUGACCACAUCGCCACUGUCCAUAUCAUUGAGCAAUCUAUCGAAUGGUAAUCCUCCAUUUAUAUAACUUUUGUGGAUUCUGAGAAGGCCUUCAACAGUGUAGAUAGGGACAACAUAUAGAGGCAGAUGAACAACUAAUUCCUCCUAAGCUCACAAACAUUACCCAGGGGUUGUACGAAGACUUAUCCUGCAUAGUUAUCCACAACAGCAAACUCACCAAACCUUUAAUAGUGAAGACUAGCAUAAUAAGACAGGUUGCAUAUUAUUGUCCAUCAAUUUUCCUGAUGUAUAGACUGGAUGGCAUGUGGAUUGGCAGCUAAUAAAUUUACAAACUACUUGUCAGCAAAUUUGUACAUGUUGGUACAUCGUUAACCCUGACUGACAGUUAUAUCCCAUAUAUUAACAUCCCAUUUUAGUUAACUGAUAAAGAUAGUGCCUGCAUUUUCAUGUUGUUGGGGAAUGAGGUGUUAGAUACCUCUUGGGGCCAGCUUUAAGUGAGGGAGGUGCCGAUCUCUCCCCUGCUUCUUUAUGUUCCCCAACCCUCUUUGGAGUCAAGUACCCAUUUCUGCCAGCUAGGUUGACUGGGGGAAGUGUAUUGCGCUACAUGGAUAUCUAACCAGAUCACCUCUUAGUUUGGGUGCCAGUGCUCUAUCCACUUGGCUAACCAUUCUCCCCCAUCAUUGACCCAGCAGGCAGGAUUGGGUACCUGAUGCCAAAGAGGGCUGGGGAAGGUAAGGUAGAGAGGGAGAGGAUAUGGGUACUGCUCUUCUGUAAAGUUGGCCCCAAGGAAAGUAAGGUCUCCAAUACCUCACUCCCUGACAACCCAAAAAAGGUCGGUGAUGGAUUUCUGCAAACCUGUGUGUGGUUCUUAAUCCUUGUGUCUACAUCAUCUGUGCACCUGGAGCAAUUUUACGAGACCUCCCUUCAUCCUUAAAGAAUUAUAACCUUUGACCUCUAUAUCUGUGACUGGCAUCUGCUGUGAAGGUUCAGCAAGGCUGUGGAUUGCAUGAGCAUAGCAGGGUACUACAUGACAUAGUCCUGGGCUGGCUAAGAGACAGCGCGAGUGUCUCUGGCUGGUUUGUGGAAUGGCCCAUAGGCGUCACAAUCGUAUUAGGGAUAGAAGAGAAUACGAUCACUAUAGUAGUGACACAGAAGAAUAUUCAGAGACGGAGGACCACCAUUCCAGGAAAACUUGCAUCAAGAGAACAAGCUCCAUUGAUCCACCUCGGUCCAAACCGUGCCUAGUGAACCGCACAAGGUCUAUGAGCCUGGACAACACCAGUAGUAAUGAGGAUUGUGGGCCUGAGCCUCGUAGCACCAGUCCCUCUGUUGCUGCUGCCAUAGCGCGAGCUGCUGCAAUGACGUCUAAUUUUCGAGAUGUCGAAAACAAGCAAACAGGGGUCUACAGGCCACACAACCUGGUGUUGCCGCAACCUCAUUAUUAUACCAGCAAUAUAUCAGGUCAUGCCGGCUGCCGGGGUGAUCACUGCAAGGCUGUGGAGUGGAUCGAACCAAUCUUUUGUUCCAGUCCCCGGCCAACAAGCUCUGGGAAGCUGACCCUGGUUGUAGAUGACACUCGAUUUAUCGUAGAUGCUGAGCUGUUCAAGCCCCAUCCUGAGACCAUGCUUGGCAGAAUGUUCACUUCAUCACUUGAAAACAACUUCACAAGACCCAAUGAACGGGGUGAAUAUGAAGUUGCUGAAGGGAUCUCAGCCACAAUUUUUAGGGCCAUUUUGGACUUCUACAAAUCUGGCAAAGUAUUCUGUCCUCCAUGCGUUCCAGUUCAGGAGCUGAGGGAGGCCUGUGACUAUCUGCUCAUUCCAUUCAAUGCUGAAACCAUCAAGUGCCAAAAUCUCAGGGGCCUCCUACAUGAAUUGUCUAAUGAUGGUGCACGCCAGCAGUUUGAAGAAUAUCUUGAAGAGCUUAUUUUACCGCUUAUGGUGAAGUCUGCUAACCGUGGCGACAGAGAGUGUCACAUAGUAGUGCUUAUGGACGAUGAUGUGCUGGAAUGGGAUGAAGAGUAUCCUCCUCAGAUGGGGGAAGAGUACACUCAGAUAAUCAACAGCACAUGUAUGAACCGAUUCUGCCGUUACAUUGAAAACCGCAAUGUGGCCAAGCAGGUGUUGAAGGAAAGAGGCUUGAAAAAAAUCCGCCUAGGAAUAGAAGGCUAUCCUACAUACAAAGAAAAAAUCAAAAGGCGUCCAGGGGGCAGAGCUGAAGUGAUAUACAACUAUGUCCAGAGGCCGUUUCUUCGCAUGUCUUGGGAAAAAGAAGAGGCCAAGAGUAGGCAUGUUGAUUUUCAGUGUGUUCGCAGCAAGUCUAUCACUAAUCUGAACACAGCAGGGGAUCCUGGGGCCACCCAUGUUGACCACCCGCAGCCAAUUGUGGAGCAGGCUCAAGAUGGUACUAUCAACGUCAUACCACCUCAACCAUCGCCAUCAGAGCCAUACCCAGAAGUUCAGUUGCCACCUGAUGUGGAUUAAGUCAGUGCUGGUGUCUUCUCUGGAAAUAUGCGGCAUUAGCCGUAUCUGCCAGUCAGUCCUGCUAAUACUAAGUCAGUCCCUUAAUCUCACCCACUUGUUAAUCUGCGGCAUCCUGUUUAAAGUUUUGCAAACAUGUGGCCUUCAUCUCCACCUAUUUUCUUUGUUACCUCCCUCUGCCCUUAUAUUUUGACCAACGUGAGACAUUUUCCUUCCCUUAACAGCAGCUUUGGCAAAUAAAACAAACCUUUGUUUUCACAAUAGUCAUCAGACUUCCCACACAGCUCCUUACCCCUCCCAUUUGUCUGCCACAGUUGAAUUUCAAUUUCUGCUUCAGUGAAAAGUUCUUAAAACAGAAACUGCCUCGUGCAUCAAGGUUAUAUGUGGUGUGAUUUGUUGGCUUCAUGCAAGAGAACUGCCUGUUAAAAGCUUAUUCCAGAUGAUUCCUGGUGGUAAAUGGAAAAGAAAUUUUGCAGAUUUGCUGCACUUGUAGUGCCUUGGACUGACGGCUUUGUUCGUCGGAUGAUAGUCUGCUAAACUUACCUCCAGAUCUUGCCAGCAGUGUGUGUUCGAAAUGCAUGACCUCAUCAGAUGUUGUCAUAGAGGUGGGGAAUAUGCCAUAUUCACAUCACCAGUGCUGGACUGUUACUGUUGGCAGCAUGUGGGUGUUGCCAAAGCAGAUGGGUGUGUGCUGAAGUUUUGUUUUUCUUUUCAUAGUCAAACAAAUCCAGAACUCAUGCAAUACACAGCUUUUGCUUGGACCACUCUAAGGUUCCUUCUAAAAGUGGAUUUCAUAUUGAUGUUUUUAUUUUAACCUUAUUUCUGUGAUGCCUAAAUGGAAAAAUCUUACUGAAUGCCUGUGUCGGGUAUGCUUAAUGUAUUGUGCAUGAAAGCAUAAACAGAUUUUUCUUUGCAAUGGUAAAUUGUUCGCUUGUUUGAGGGGGUUUUCUUCCUCUCUCUCUCAUACCUUGUAUUAACAUAAGUAGAUAAAAUUUGUCAGAUACAGUGUUAGGCUAUGGUCACCUGGUGUGACAAAUUUUUGUGUGUAAGUUAUAUAAACAUACUGGCAUUACAAAUAGAUUACAUUUUAAAGUAGAACACAAGUUAUUGCUUGAGUUAGUAUGUCAUCAGUUGUUUUUUUUUAAAACUAAUAAAGCAUGAUUCAUGUCAAUGUUUUUGAAAGAAUUUCUCAAAUUCAGCCAUUCAAGUAAAUAUUAAAAUUAAAUAGCACAUUAUUUUUGUGAAGUAUAUUUAUAACAUGCAAUUUAUGGCAUGCUUAGCUAUGAAAACAGAAAUAUCUUUAAAAGUUUAUAUUUCAUUCAAUUUGUUAUUGGUAAAUAACAGUGGCUUUACACUUAGCAAAACAUAACGGAAAUCGCAGGUAACAUAGAAAGAGUAAAGCAAUCAUUAAUUAGUAGUGGUUGCUAUGGGUAGUGAACUGGAUUACAGAUGCUUCAUGGCUGCUGACAAAACGUCCCAGUCAAUAAAUUCCUUAGUAAUAAAAUGUCUUGUUUGCUGUAGUAUCAACAUGAGGAGGGCCAACAAUUUUUUAAAAUCAAUUUGAUUUCUGUAUUUUUUUUAUUUUUUUUUUUUUUGGUCUUUUAAGCUCUUUAACUGUAUCAAAGUUGAAGAAUCACUGGUGUUUGCAAGAAAUCAGCAGUACCUAGUCAUGGCAAAAUAGUGCCGGCAAUAAGAGGUUUCGAACUAUCAGUUAUCAGCAUGUUUAGCAUAAAUCAUGGACUGACUAGAAUUGGCCAUUAAACAGUCUCAAGAGUCAAUUGUACAAGAGACAUGCAGUCCACCGUGGGAGACGACUGAGGAUAUAGUGCUAAUCAUUAAAGAGAGGUAAUCUUUGACCACAAAAGCAGUGUGAUGUGGUCUUAAUUAAAAAUAGUGUUCAUGGUACUAAGUUGAAGGAAAUGAGUCCAUUUGAGGGUACAUGAGUUUGUCAACCCAUUUCUAAGAACAGAGUCCAAUUUUUAUUGAAACAGUUGAGCAUCCAAAAAACAACUUUUUAGUCACAAUUUGAACAUGGUAGUUAGUGAUAUUUAUGAGAUUAUGAAGUAGAUGCAUGACAGGUAUAUAAGAGAUUGGUCUAGAUUUGUAAAUGUAUUCUGGGAAUUCCUAGAGUAGAUUUGCUUAUCAUGUGAACGUUUAUUUGGUGGAGCGAUUUGUAAUGCAACAGUAUAAAAUUGUGCCAUGUACAGAUUUGAAGAGUUCACCUCCUCUUAUUAUUUUGCAUGUGUGUGUGGAAAGCAUAUACUGAAAUAAACCAACCUUUUUUUUUAUAGAAAGUAUACUAAUUUAAAUCCAAGUUUGUGUGCCUAAAAUGUGACGUAAACAAAGUGAAAAGUAUGGCUGAUAAAACAGGUUCUGCUGCUUCAUGUAUCGGGGAGAAAAAAAUGUCAGGCAGUCAGUCUCAUUCCACCGUGCUUUAAACAUCUUUCAAGAUGAUUUUGUGAUAUGUGUUGGUGUGAUUUUCCAUAUUGCUUGGAUUGUUUUGAGUGCAUUGAUAGGACAUAAUCAUUUUUACAAUAUCAUAGCUUUCAAUACCACAGUGCUAAAGGAGGAAAAACAACAAAAUGUUCAAAACUUGGGUGGGGGGGGAAGCAUCAAACAUCGCAGCUAAAAAAUGAGAAAUUUGAAUAGUUUUUAGACAUAAUUUUGAGAUUAUAACAAGUUUUGUGCAAAUAUAAAAAUUGCUUUGUAAGUCUUAAAUUUCUUGUUGAAUAACAAUCUUUUUCACAUUAGAAGUCAUGUUCUAGCUUUUUGAAUUUUUUUUUUUUUUUUUUUUUAGUUUCUCCUUUGAUUGCUUUGAGAUUAACAUGGUGCACUUUCUGUGUACCAUGGCUGUCAAGUGUUCUGUCGUAAUUUGAAAGAUGACGAAGCAAACAUUUGCUAAAGAAAUUUAAAAAACAUGAAACAGCAUUAUUUUUCACAUUUUUUUUUUUCAUCCAGAUUAUUGCUUAUUUGAACUCUUUGGAGAGUCAAUAAUGAAACGGGGAUAAUGACUCCAGUUUGCAAUAGAGUAGAAAGGUAUAAACACUUUCUAUAUGUACUCAUACAGCUCUAACAUGUUGGAUCAUUGUGGUGAAACUUGGAAGUUUCUUAAUUAGACAGUGAUGCGGGUCUUUUAAUUAGUUUAAUCAUGCUUUUUUGUUUUUUUUAUCUCCCUUGUGAUUUGUUUUGAGCAGUUUUAUUUCAGUUUUUGCUAGGCAGAAAAAGAGCUUUGAAGCAAAAGCAGUUUGGUUAAGCAAAUUUUGUGACUUGGAACUGCUGAAUGCAAUUGCUCAGCUUUUUAUGAAUACCUGCUUGUAAGUAAAACAUUGUCCAUUGUUUAACACACUGCACCCAAGGUAUUUACUGCAGUGGUAAUAAUGGGCAGUGUCUGAAGGUUGCAUGUUGAUGACAGCUGAUGCCCCAAGCCAGAGUGGUCAAAAUGUUCUCUUGUAUCUUUAUUGGGCAGUGCUCUCUUUUAUUGUGUAAUAAAGCUAAAUAGCUGCCUAAAUAUUCUAAAGAAACGGUGCAGCUUCAGCCAACCUCUAUUACAGGUCGAUAAUGCAAAGAGUGAAUGAAACUUGCUCCCUGAUCACUUAAGCUUUCUGUGAAAUGAAGACCAGAAUUUUUCUUAUAUUAGAGGUAUUUGAAGGCUAUUAAACGCAUACUUUACAACUCCAAAAGAAAAGUUAUGAUGUAACCUUAGGUUAAUAGGAUACAAAGGAUUUCUAUGGGGAUGGUGCAAAAUUAUGUUAUCAUAAGCUGGCCUAUUUGCUAGUGUUUGUCAGUAGCUGGUUUUCUAAAGUUAUGUUGCAAAGUUAACAUUUGAAGACGGAACUCUUCAGUUCAAAAGUGAGAUUUGGACAAGUUAUGGCUGUGGAUGCAUUGUGUUGAUGUCCUGUUGGUUGCUGUGGUUAUUGAAAAUCUGUUGGUUUUGUUUUGAUAACUUUGUAAUUUGUACAGAAAGAUGACCCAAUCCCUCUGGUAUCCCUCUUUUUCUCUCUUUUAUGAGUUUGCAAUAUAAUAGUCUCAAGCUUUAUUUAAUUUUAUACAGUAAUCACAAGUGCUGUGUUUUUUUAUGGCUGUUUGAUAAUGUGAUGAGUGAAAUGUUAUGAUUCAUAAUUAUUUUUUAUUUCAUGAAGGUUGUAUUUUACAGAUGUCUCAAACUGCUUUAGCAGGCACAAAGAGAUUCUAGGCUGGUUGAUCAGGGUUAUGAGAAUGAGAUGGCUAUACUUUGUAAAUCAGUUGCAUCGGUCACUUUAACACUUUGAAGUGUAUGAAGUGAAGAAUUUCAGUGACCAGCUCUGUGGUUACGUGACACAUCUUUGUAAUCAGCUUAUUGUUUGAAAAUAAAUCAACCAGAAAAUGACA